CGCGCGAGGACCGUGACGUCUACACUUGAGUCCAAAGCGGCAUGUAAACAGCCUCCCAAAGACAAGACGGAGUGAAGUUUCUGCGCAAAUGUCUCCACAACCAGUGCUGCAACAAUUGAAUAAGGAACAAAUCGACGACGUACAAAAGUCUGGCAAUAUCAACCUCACCGAGGAGAAACCACCAAGUUCUACUCUCACAAAUACCUCGAGCAUCCCAAGCUUCGCGAACGUCCGAGAUCUCUUCCAUCUAGCUACAGGUUUACUCUUACCUUAUGCUUUUCAUCCUCUGCUAGCCAUCGAAAUCUAUCUUCCCCGUGUCGCCAGCAUGUGGCCAUUCAACAUCAGUACAUCAUUCAAGCCGGAGAGAGACAUUCCUGACCUCACCAACAAGGUCGUUCUUGUCACCGGCGGAAAUGCUGGACUCGGCAGAGAAACAGUCCUCCAACUCGCCAAACACAACCCUCGCAAGAUCUUCCUGGCCGCGAGAACAGAAUCCAAAGCCCGAGAUGCCAUUGCUUCCAUCAAAGCCAACACUUCCCAAGAUGUCGACAUCGAAUAUUUGCCACUCGACCUCACAUCUCUCCCAUCGAUCCAAAAAGCCGCCGAACAAGUCACCAGCCGCACCGACCGACUUGACAUCCUGAUCCUCAACGCAGGCAUCAUGGCAGUCCCGCCAGGGAAGACGCCCUCGGGCCAGGAGAUCCAGCUAGGCACCAACCACGUCGGCCAUUUCCUGCUGACCAAGCUUCUUCUGCCCACCCUCGAGAAGACGGCCAAGCAACACAAUUCCGACGUACGCAUCCUGUCGCUAUCGUCGGAAGCAUGGCACAUGUCCCCCAAUCUCGAUACGGUCCUGUCCACAGAGAAACUCAACGCUCAAGGUCCAUGGGCACGCUACGGCGCCUCGAAAGCUGCCAACAUCAUGUUCGCCGCUGAACUUGCGCGACGCUACCCGGCACUAACCAGCGUGUCUCUACACCCUGGCAUGAUCAAGACAGACUUGUAUGGACCAAAUUCAGAGGCGAACCCAAUCUUAAAAUAUGGCUCGCAGGUGAUCGGCCCAUUGAUCUUCCAAUCAAUAGCAGCGGGAGCGCUGAACUCGUUGUGGUUGGCGGCCGGGGCUAAAAAGGAGGAACUCAAGAAUGGAGGGUAUUACACGCCUGUCGGGAAACUGCAGAGUAAUACCUGGGCAAGUAAUGCGGACGCAGGCAGGAAGCUAUGGGAAUGGACAGAGCAGGAAUUGGAAAAUGCAGGCUAUUGAUUCAGACGACCCUACGGAGUACAUGUACCAUCAUUUCCACCCGUGAUGCUUUUUCAAGCAGCGCAGCGCGAUGUCGACUUCUCAAUGCAGCAUAUUUCCAACCUAUAAAACCUCCAAAUGCACUUCUUGAGUUGUCUAGGUAGGUCUCGGUAGGUAUGCAAGGCUGUGAUGAUUGACGGGAUGAUAUCUCUCCGCGUCGAUCGUCCCCCGGAAUCAAGGACGUCAUAUUCAAGAUCUCACCACAAUGUUUUGAGAUCG